AUGGGGAAGGAAUUGCCAAGCAAACUGGAAUGGAGAAUAAAUGUACCUGAUGGAACAUCAGAAGGAUUAGAGUCAGAAUCUGGGGCAGUCCUUAGAGUCUGGUUGGGGUUGAAGAGUCUGUUAGAAGGAUUGGUUAUGAAAAUUUGGAAGUUUUUGAAGAAGGCUUGGGAUGUAGGUGUUGCUGACCCUAAGAAAGUCAUCCAUGGUGUUAAAGUAGGAUUGUCCAUUUCGAUUGUUUCACUGUUUUAUUAUAUGAGGCCUUUGUAUGAAGGUGUGGGAGGGAAUGCUAUGUGGGCAAUUAUGACCGUAGUGGUAGUUUUUGAGUCCACUAUAGGUGCAACAUUUUAUAAAUGCAUCAAUAGAGUGACAGGAACCUUUAUCGCUGGAUCGCUUGGUGUUAGUAUUCACUGGAUUGCUAGUCAUUCGGGAAAAAACUUCGAGCCUGUAAUUCUUGGAAUCUCAGUUUUUCUUUUAGCUUCAGCAGCAACCUUCUCUCGAUUUAUUCCAUCCAUUAAAGCCAGAUUUGACUACGGUGCCAUGAUCUUCAUCCUUACCUUCAGCUUUAUAUCAAUAUCCGGUUAUCGAGAGGAGAAAUUACUUGAAAUGGCUCGCCAAAGACUAUCCACGAUAGCCUUUGGAACCUCCAUGUGCAUUUUUAUAACCAUGCUUUUCUGUCCCAUUUGGGCAGGAACUGAGCUUCACCAACUUAUUUGUCGAAACUUCGAAAAACUAGCCUAUUCCUUGGAUGAGUGUGUAACCGAGUACUUCAGAGAUGACAGAACUUCAAGAGCCAGCGAUGAAGAUUGUAACAAGAAAAUACAAGGCUAUAAAUGUGUGCUUAAUUCAAAGGCAACAGAAGAAUCAAUGGCCAACUUUGCAAGAUGGGAACCAGCACAUGGCCGUUUCAACUUCAGACAUCCAUGGAAACAGUAUCUUAAGAUUGGGGCUUCCAUGCGUAACUGCGCUUAUUGUAUCGAGACCCUCAAUGGUUGUGUAAAUUCAAAAAUUCAGGCUCCUCCCCACCAUAAGAAGCAUUUGAAAAAUAAGUGUCUAAGAUUGCGUAGCACUUCCUCGAUUGUCUUGGAAGAAUUAGGCAUUACGAUGAAAACAAUGACAAAAUCAUCUAAAAUUGACAUCUUGGUUGCAGAGAUGAAUUUUGCAGUACAAGAACUAAAAAAUGCCUUGAAAUCUCUUCCUAACCACGUUUUAACAUCUCCAUCAUCAACUGUGGAAGCUUCGGGAGAUGCCAGUGCAGAGCCCAUCAGAAAAAUCACUAUAACACCCUUCACGGAGAUCCUUCCGUUGGUCACUUUAGUUUCUUUGUUGAUUGAAAAUGCAGCAAAACUAGAAGGAAUUGUCAAAGCAGUUGAUGAAUUGGCUACCCUUGCAGAAUUCAAGCCCGUUGCUGACAAGAAGCCCAAACAUAAGCACUCCAUUACGGAGCUCACUCCAGGUAGUAACCAAGAUCUUGAGAGCGUGAUGAUCCCCACGAAAGGUUCAAGUUUAUCGUGA